AUGGAUGCUUCAUGUUUCCGUUUAGAUAAUAAUGCCGAUGCUGUAGAGUUUUGCCCACACAAUACUUUUCAUCAUAUUCUGGCUGCUGCCACAUAUACACUGCAAGAAAGCAGCCAGCCAGAUCGAUCAGGAAGCUUAUCACUUUUUGCAGUUGAUGAUAAUUUGGGCCUCAAAUUGAUUCAUCAGAUUGGAACAGUGGGCAUAUUUGAUAUAAAAUGGAACCCUUCUCUUGAUAAAGUUGAUCCUCUCCUUGCUGUAGCUGAUGCACAUGGCUGUUUGAGCAUCCACUCAUUGAAGCCCGGCCUUGACUCUGAGGAUCAUGGUAUGUGCUCAUUUCUUUCCCGUUAAUUUUCUAAUUUUCGCUGGCUAUGUGUGAUUUAUCUUCGAAUGCCCUUAAUGUCAAGACAGAUGAACGUUUUUGCUUCCCUUCACCAUUGCCAUUACUCCUUAUUGCUUGUUCUACAUUUCUAAAUUGUAUAGCCCUUGUGUUUUAUCUAAACUCGGGGAGUUAAUUGAUUUUGUUUUCAGUAUUAUUUUAUAAAUAUUUUCUUGAUCUUAGGGGUAUUCCAUACAGGCAUGAUUAGGGGUACUUCCAUACAAGCGUGAGGUUUACCUUUAAUUAAACAAAGGUUUCUCAUCAUUCUGUUUCGACUAGAUCUCCAAUAUUUUGCGGCUCUUAGAGAUUGGAAUGAGAGAUUAGAGCUCUCAUUUGCUCGUCUUCCCCAUCUUUAUUUCUUUAUGGCCAACAUAUCUUCCAAUAUUAUAACCAUGUUGUUGGUCAGUUGAAAUAUAAGAGAUUGAUUUUUGUUAUGUUACAUAUCUCAUGGGACCUUGUAGAUUGGCUUCAAACAUUGAUGAAUAAAACUUGAUAUCCAAACCCACAAGGAAAAGAUACCUGAUUUUUCGGAGAAGCUAUAGUCUCCACAUACGAAGCUGAUCUGAUUAAUACAUUAAAACGCAUCAAGGAAAUCUUUAUUGUUCCCUUUGCAACCUCAAUAUGAUCACAACGACACAUGGAUUGACGUUGUUCCAUCAAAAUUGAGUGUUUUUUCUGAUAUAAGUCAGUUAAUUAUUGCGUAAUGCUAGAGUACCUCGAUUUCCCUCUUGCAAUAUCCGCUAGCCCGCUAACACUUGAAUAUAUAUUCAUGUAGGGGUUAUUCUCAACGAAGUUUUCAAGGAAAAUGUCAGCGAUUCCAUGUGCCUGUGUCUGGAUUGGAACCCAUCAGCCACAUCCAUUUCCAUCGGGCUCUCAAACGGGUCUGCAUCCGUGAUCUCCAUCAGAGAAGACAAGGUCCAAGCAUCAGAAUCAUGGCAAGCCCACGAGUACGAGGUCUGGGCAGCAUGCUUCGACGCCCACCGGCCCCAGCUCCUCUUCACCGGUUCCGACGACUGCUGCCUCAGCUGCUGGGAUCUCCGCUUGAGCCCUGCAAACCCAGUCUUCAGGGAUUCCAAAUCCCACAAGAUGGGCGUCUGCUGCAUCUCCAAGCCCAGUUCCAGUUCCAAUCCUCACACUUUACUCACUGGGAGCUACGAUGAAUUCCUCAGAGUGUGGGAUCUCAGAGCAACCUCAAGGCCUCUCAGUCAGGGCUCUGUGUGCUUGGGGGGCGGCGUAUGGAGACUCAAGCCACAUCCUGAUGUUUCUGACCUGAUUCUUGCCGCUUGCAUGCACAAUGGUUUUGCCAUUGUGAAGCUCACAGAGCAGCAAAGCCCCGUAGUGGUGGAGACCUACCAGAAGCACGAGUCUCUGGCAUAUGGAGCCGACUGGAGAAAGGGCCGGUCUAACCCCGCUGUGGUGGCCACCUGCUCGUUCUACGAUAAGCUUGUGAGAGUGUGGACUCCAGCGAGCUGCUGUACCUGA